CCCUAAAAGCAAGGCGCCCGGCGCCAAAUCUCAGCAAGGAAAGGAGAAGCAGACCUUGUCGGCGACUCUUUUAAUUUUUUGUAAACAAAUACACUGCGAGUAAUUAACAAAUGCUUCCGCACAAUUUCCGCACCUGAAUUCCGGCCCAACGAUGGACAAUAAGAAGAAGGACAUCUACAACCUGUGGGUGCAGUACACGACAAAGAACGAUGAGACCUACUUCCGGGAGUUUGUGGCCCGCUUUGUGGAUAUAUGGCGGGGACAGCUGCAGCUGGAUUUCCGUGCCGACACCUGCCCCAUGUGGCAUGAGGUCCUGCCAGACAGUGGUCCGCACUUGGGUCGCCUGCCGGACGAACUGCUGCCCGCCAUUGGCAAGUUUAUUAUUAUAGCUAGAGAUGCCUGCGAUACGGCUGGCCAGUUGGAGGAGGGGGCCAUCGAACGGGUGGCUGUGCUGAUAGACUGCCUGGUGAUUGUGUGCCGGCACUUUGACAACAUUCUGGCCGUCAUCAAGUAUGAGUACAAGCCUAAUCUGAUAGCAAUACUUUCGAGGGUUUUUAAGCAGCAAAUGGAGCUACCUCAAGCCGUGCCUGCAAUUAGUCAUCUGUUUGAGAGUUUCUCGGCCUUCCUGGAGGUCAUGUAUGACCCAUAUUUGACAUGGCGGAGCUUUGUGCGCGGCCAGACGGCAGACUAUAGUCGUCUCUCGUACAAGCCUCACUCGGUUCAUGUGGAAAUUGUGCCCUUUAUUUAUGAUUGCUUUCAGGAGGAGAAGCUGAUUCGUUAUGCCGAAAUAGGCGAAAGCCUGCUUAACAUCCUGGGCGCUGUGAUUUGCGGCUCACAGCUGCAAAUGAAAGUGCUAAAGUCCCUAAACUCGACUAAUACUAAUGCUCUAACCACUUCUUCACUUGCCCCCUGCUCGGUGAUGGGUGAUGGGCUGCUUCUAGACUGUGAUAACUUGCGUAAUGGCAUGAAGGCCAUUUGCCCUGCCACAGUGUCCAUCACCAUGAGCAUCCUGCGGCAGUGGGAGAGUGCCAAUAGUCUGCGGCGCGUGGCCCUCAAUUGCUACGCUUUGAUGGUUAUUGUCCUGCAGAAAUCUAGUCCGGAAGAACGCCAAAUAGACCUAGUUACCUUAGUUCAACUCUAUUGUGAUGCUCUGCAAGAGCUGCUGGCCACCAAGCACUUUGACAGCGGCGAUGCCAACUUUGACAUAGCCAGCGAUGCUGACCAGGAUGUGGUCAUUGAUAUGGCCGCCCUCUCGUGCUCAGUGGCAGCUGUAAAACUAUUUCUUACCGGCGAUGCUGAUGAGGCCAUUUGUGAAUCCAAUCUUAUGGAGCUGCUCAUUGGUCUGCCGAAGGUCAUAAAGCCUUGGCACAUCUCCCACUCGAGUUCGCUGUGCAGCACCAUGGAGGCUCUGGCCACCUUGACCAGUUAUUCCUCACAAUCUGCUGCCCAGCUGCGUCAAGGUGAACGUAUUGAGAGAUUGUUUGCCAGCUUGCGGGAGUUUGGUUGUCCAACUGUUGCUUUGCUGGAUGCCUGCUUCUCGCUGGGCUACGAUGACAAGAAACACCUGUUGCUGCUGCCCGAGGUGAUGCUGCAGCUGCUCAAUUGGGUGCCUGGGCUGCAGGAGCGAGAGCAGCUGCAUGUGACCAAUCUUGUGCUCAAGGGCUGCACGGACAACUACGGAACAAAAUCUGUGGCUUGUGGCAGCCACAUUAUCAAAGCCGUGUGUGGCUGCCUCUUGGAGGGUGAGUCCCUAGCCGAGAACUGUGUUCAGAACUUGAUCAAGCUCAUCGAGGAGCUGAGUAAGGUCAGCAUUGUGCCGGCAGAGCUUAAGGCCAUCUUUGCAUUAAUGCGUCAGGGAACAAAGUUUCCGCAAAACAAGCAACUUCAGCAGACUCUGGUGGUGAUUGCCUUGCAAAGUUUGCGUGGCAGCAAUUCCUGCGCUCAGUAUUUUUCGAUAGAACAGGCAGAAGAUGGAAUUGUUGUCCCAGACAUACGUAACUGGACAAUUUCCGGUUCCUAUGGCUUCAUCUUCCACAUUCUGGUGCGCUUUAACCAGCUGAAGGAUCAAUCCAGCAGCAGUCACCGCCGCAUGCUGCUCACCCUGCAAACAGCUAGUGGCAAUAGUGGCUUUGAGGUCUUCGUUCAGCCCAAUGGCAAUGUGGUGGUGGCUGCUCUAACCCGGCGGGAAUAUCUCACAUCUUCUAUUGCCACCAAGACCCUGAUGGAUGGCCAGUGGCACUAUCUAACGGUGGCUAUAACGCCACCCAAACGACCCUUUUCCUACAGCCAGAUCAACAUCUAUGUGGACUUUGUGCAGAAACUGAGCGCCACACUCAAAGUGCAGGCUGUGAACGAACCCUUUACGGUGUGCUCCAUUGGCGCUGUGGUGACGCCAACCCAAGCAGGUGAAGUAACCAAGGCAGGAAUUAUGCCUAGAUCCUCGUCGCAGGAGAGUGGCUCGAGUGGUUACAAAAGCAUGUUGCCUAGCCUUUUAGAGCGAACUUUGUCAGCAAAUGUCUCCAACUACUUCACUUUGCCCAUGAGAACCCAGACCUCUUUCGAUCCCAAUGUCAAGAACUUUCCCAUUGGCAUGCAGGACACGGUGUUUGGAGAGCAAACCUGCCUAAAUGGUCACCUGGGGGGAGUCCUACUGGCCGAUCCUACCACCAGUUUGAAGACCAUCUUCGAUGCUGGCGCCAACUUUAGUUCCAUAUUCUCCCAAGACAAUGAUCUACUCGAGCUGAACUCUCGCUUCGUUUUCUGCUAUGCCCCAGGAGCAGUCUGGCAUGGCACCUGUCAGGAUCUAAUACCAGGCGGCAAGUAUCCUGGAAGGAUAACAGCCCAGCAUUGCAAGAUUGUAAAGAUCCAGGAGACCAUCAACAGCAUAGGUGGUGUAAGUGCCAUACUGCCCAUCCUGCAUCGUUUGGUGAGCUCCGAGGACCAGGCGGCAGACAUCUCCAUCUCUAGCCUGAGCGAGGAAUCCGCUUCCUGUGCUCCCACGCCCUCAGCCGAGGAGUUCACCGACUGGGAGAUGCUCUCCUCAAACUCCUACACCGAGUGGAAGAUGCUGCACCAGCCGCUGGCCAGCUUUCUGUGCCUGCUGCGCUACCUCACCCACGAGCACGAGACGAACCAGGAGCAGCUGCUCGGCAGCGAGUGCUUGGCCAUUGUGGGAACCAUGCUCCAGCGCUGUCCGCCUGCUCUGUUCGAUGUGAAUGCCUUGAUGGCCACCCAUUUGUUGAUGGAGUCGCUGCAGGGUCACAAGUCGGAGACAGGCGGUCAGCAGCUCCUGGAUGCUUUGUAUGCCAACAUAGUGUUUGACUUUGCCAUCUGGUCGCGUCUGCAGUUCCAAAUCACUUUGGGUCAUGCCCAGUACCUGAGCGCCAUGAUCAAGAAUGAUAGGAAGUUUUUCAGGAAGAAAUACGGCGUACAGUUUGUGCUGGACGUGGUGCGUCAGUACUACUCCACUCCGGACAGCAUCAGCGACGAGGAUGCCAAGACCAUUAGGGCCACUCUCUUUGGCAUCAUCAAGUUUUAUCUGCAAAAGGAGGUGAACAUCAAGGAGGUGAAUGCCUUGGUGGCUUUUCUAGCCUCCGUAAGGCAGGAUGUGGUUUUGGUGGAGUUCCUCGAGAUGAUGACUUUUUAUAUACGUGGAAAGAACUGCAAGGAUCAGAUGGUGCUGCUUUUGCAUGAACCCCAGUCCGCCAAUCUUAUCUACAAUUUCUUUGUGGACAAGAGCUAUACCAAUGAGAUUCAGGAGGCGGCCAUAAGGUUCAUCAGCGGUCUCCUGGCCACCUCCCGCGUCCAUCAAAAAUACAAGCAAGUGCUCCGUUUGUACGAUCCGGGUAGAGAUCACAGCAUGUUCCCCGGCUUCUUCUCCUUCAUUACACCUCUUUCCCUGAGCUCCACCAUCUUGUUUCAUCUGGUAGAUGAAAUGCUGGGUCUGCAACCGGAUUAUGCGGGUUUAAUCUUCCUGGUUUACCAUGUGAGCAGCUGCGAUCUGCCCGUUAAACUGGAGAUAGCCAAGCGCCUGCUGCAAACUACCUUUGUCAAGCAGCACUCCACUGUGGCAAUGGCCAAGCAAACGGGCUGGCAGGAGUCCAUAGCUCGCCUGCUCAUACGCAAACCCAUUACCAAUUCACCGCCCGAUGAGGAGAAGCGGCGCAGCUUUGGCAUCAACAUGGACUUGGUGCUGGAGGAUAACUCCAGCUUUUUGGCCCAGGCAGAUCUUAUAACCUUUUCAGAGCAGGAGAUUGGACUGGCGCAGUUGCAACAGCAGCAGCAGGAGGAGCUCAGUGACAGUGGUUUAAUACUGAAUGAGAUUCAGGCGAGUGUUUCAGAGGCGGCCACCGUUAUAGAGAGUGAAAUUAAAGAACUGGCUGAAUCUGUUUCCGGAGCUGUGGUGGAGAAUGCCAACAGCUUGUUUUCUGUCAUCCGACAAACCACUCACGACAUCCAAGACACCUUUGAGUCCUUGACUUUGGGUAGCUCCACAGACACCGCCGAUGGUUCUCAGACACCUUCUAUACAGCGAGAGGAGUCCCUGAGCUCGGAUAGCUCCACUCAAUCGCCGCAUGGACCGCCCAAAAAAAGCGAUUCCCUGGAGAGCUCUUCUGCCUUUGAUUUUGUGGCCGAUGGCGAUGUGGACACUGAAGAGCAGUUGGUGUAUCUAGUCUCAAAUACCCUCUUCAAUAUUUUCUGGCGGGGAAUACCCAACGAUCAUCCUCACUGCUGGCAGGAGCGUGGCCAGGUCUUGGGCUGCAUCAAUCUUCUGGCUUUAAAUAACGAGCUAAUCACCUCGCAUCUCUCGCUGCGCCUGCGCAUCCUGGAGAUGGCCGUGCAGGCCUCGCUCUUUGAUCUCUCCGAGCAUGGCAGUCAGACUUUGGUGAACCAGGAGAAUGCCUCGCACAUCCUGCGCAUGGUCUACGAACUGGUGGUGCUCGGCUCCAAUGAGGAUGAAUCAAAGAAGUGCUCCACCAAACUUCUAGAUGGAGUUCUGGCUCUGCUAGAUGCUCUGAUGAUCUUCCAGCAGGGUUCCUCGGAUGAUUGGUCUGAUAUGAUUCGUCUGUGCUUGGGCCUGCUGCUCAAGUGUUCGCAUCAUCCGAAUCCUGGCAUUGUGGCCAUGGCCACAGCCAAGCUGCAUGCCAUACUCCAGAGUCGUUCCACCGAGGAUCCCACGGAGCUAUCUUAUCUCUUGUACAGCAUCAACAGGGCCUUGGAUAAUGCCAUUGAAGUGGGCAACCCGGAGGAGUACUCCUUCUUGAUGCCUGUGAUGAAGGCUUUGCUGGAGAAAUGCCGCUUUGCCUUCAAUUUGGACUCUACUCUUCCGGAUCUGCCUUCCACCUCUUCGGGUCCUGUGUUCUUCAACGAUUUCCAGAUGUACAGCACUAGUAAAAAGUGGCGAAACUUUAUUGAGCGCAUGGUAAAACCCAUGUACGAUCACUAUCAACGCGACAUCGAGUUGCAUCUGUGGGAGCCCAUCAAUCGAUUCUGGGCGGAAUGCUAUGAGGCCUGUAAGGCCGCCUCCAAGCAGCGGGCAACACAUCAGGCAGAGAAUCGGCGCCUGUUCCAGCAGAAGAUCUACAUGCCGUGGAAGGUGCGGCAGGUGGAGGAGAUGCAGCGCCUUCAGGCGGCGGCAGUGCACCACAAGACCGUCGACAGUCACAUACGGAAGCGGUGGAAGACGGCCAAGCGUUUCUUGUACGGCCCCCGAGGUCCCUGGUAUACCGGAAAUUUGGACGAGGAAUUCUGGAAAUUAUCUCCCCAUGAAAAUGUGGCAAGGAUGCGUUUGAAACUGGAGCCCCAACUAUAUCCCAACAAGCACGAAAAUGCCGCCAAUCUGCGGGACAAUGCAACCAGUGCCUAUGACACCAAGGAAAUCUCCGAGUUUGAUUCCACCAUCAAGAAUGCAGUGGUUCGCGAUUUCCUGGCCGACGAUGAGAGCUCUCAGCUGGAGGAAGAGCUGCGCCAGCUGAUAGACACCCAGGCGCAACAGGAUGUGGCUUUGGAGAAGCUGGUGAUGUCGCAGGAUUGUGAACUCAUUACGCUGAUGACCAAGGUCAAGGGUCGCAUUGAGGUCAACCAAAGCGUGUUUACCUUUGUGGAUCUAAGUCCACCUACGGAAGAUGCCUCCAAGCAUGACUUUAGAUUCUCCACAAACAAGAUACGCGAAGUGCAUCUAAGGAAGUACAAUCUGCGCAGGAGUGCUCUGGAAAUCUUCCUGGUGGAUCAAACCAGUUACUUCUUGAACUUUACCACAAAGACCCGCAAUAAAGUCUUUACCAAAAUCGUGGGUCUACCUCUGCCAAAUAUAUUGUAUGGCUCUGGCAGAUCUCCGGCUGAGCUGCUGAGGGCCUCUGGCCUCACCCAGAGAUGGAUCAAUCGGGAGAUCUCCAACUUUGAAUAUCUGAUGUACCUGAACACUAUCGCAGGACGAUCUUAUAAUGAUUUGAGCCAGUACCCCGUCUUCCCCUGGAUCCUGGCAGACUACACCAGUGAUGUCCUGGACCUAACCGAUCCCAAGUCAUUCCGUGACCUGUCCAAACCCAUAGGAUGUAUAAACCCCAAAAACGAGGCUGAGGUGCGCAGCAAGUACGAUUCUUUCGAGGAUCCCUCCGGUGCCAUACCCAAGUUCCACUAUGGCACUCACUACUCCAACUCAGCCGGCGUCUUGCACUAUUUACUGCGCGUAGAACCCUUCACCUCGCUGCACAUUGACCUGCAAAGCGGACGCUUUGAUGUGGCUGACAGACAAUUCCAUUCGAUACCACAGACAUGGAAGCUGCUAAUGGACAAUCCCAACGAUGUUAAGGAGCUGAUUCCGGAGUUCUUUUACUUUCCGGAGUUUCUCAAGAACAUGAACAAAUUCGACUUGGGUCACUUGCAAAUCACCAAAGAAAAGGUGGACGAUGUAAUACUGCCCGCCUGGGCCACCACGCCCGAGGAGUUUAUAGCCAUACACCGGCGAGCCUUGGAAUCGGAGUAUGUGAGCCAGCAUCUACAUCACUGGAUAGAUUUGAUCUUUGGUUAUAAGCAAAAGGGACCCAAGGCAGCAGAGGCCUUGAACGUGUUUUAUUAUUGCUCGUAUGAAGGAGCCGUGGAUCUGGAUAAGAUCACCAAUCCCGUGGAACGGGAGGCCGUGGAAGGCAUGAUUAACAACUUUGGCCAGGUGCCCUCCCAAUUGCUAAGGGAACCGCAUCCUCGACGCCUCACCCAGGAUGAGACUGCCUUAAAGCUGGUUCGUGCCGAGCUUCGGCGACCGGAUCUCACCCAGUUUUUGGACAAAGUGGUGCAGUAUUACUGCGAAUUGUCCACGCCCAAGGAUCCCAUUGUGUACCUCAGUCCUCCACGCAGUCCUCCGAGAUCCUUCCUGCAGCUAAGUCCCGAUGUUCUAGUCAGUAUAUCCAAAUCCACCAUAUUGGGCUGCAAUUCCUGGCUGUCCUUCGAUAAGGAUCAGGGUUUCUUGCUGGAAAUUGAUGCUACCACGGCCAAUCUCAAGAACCGCAAGCGCAUCUUUGGACCCUUCCACGCCUCACAGCCGCCGCACUCACAGCUCUUUGCCGUAAGCACGGAUGGCAAGCUCCUGUAUGCCGGUGGCAUUUGGGAUAACUCUCUGAGGGUUUACAAUCUCAACAAGGGCAAGGCCGUGGCCUCGGUGACCCGCCACUUGGACAUCAUCACCUGCAUAGCCCUUGACAACUGUGGCUCGUAUUUGGUGACGGGUUCGAGGGACUGCACUUGUAUAGUGUGGAGCAUUCAGGCGAAUCAGCAGGGUGGCGGUGGUGGUGGUGGCUCCACCAGCAACAUCCCCGUGCAUGCGCUCACAGGGCAGUCGCAUCUGCAGGCCAUCACGCAGCUAAACACACAGAACAGCUACUCACCCAAGCCAAGGACCGUGCUUUAUGGCCACGACAAUGCCAUCUCCAGUGUGGCCAUCUACACGGAGCUGGAUCUGGUGGUCUCUGGCUCGCUGGAUGGCACUGUGAAUGUGUACACGCUGCAGGAGGGUCAGUUUGUGAGGACACUCAAGCCCAUUGGCUGCACCGAGUCCUGUGUGCAAAUAUCCUUUGUUACUGUUUCCUAUCACGGUCACAUUGCCUUCAGCGCCUUGGAUGAUACCUCGCAUUCGGUGCAUGUUUAUAGCAUUAAUGGCUGCAGUCUGGGCUCCAAGUAUGUGUCCGGCCGGGUCACGGGUUUGGCCAGUGCCUCGGACUACCUGGUGGUGGCCGAUGAUGCCGGCGAUAUAACCAUGAGCAGGUUACACGGGCUGAAGCCCGUUUUUGACAUUCCGCUGCACGUGCCCAUCCAGACGGUGGUGGUGACGCCGGGCAACACCCACAUCCUGGCGCCACUCCGGGACGGUCGUCUGGCGGUCAUCGCCGUGCAGCUGCCAUCCGGCGGCAACAAGAAGCAUUCCGUGCUCAAUGUUUAGACGAGUUCAGGAGCUGGACUUUCCGAAUUUUAAACCCCAAAAUUAAGUCACUACUCCCUAACCUAAGUAGUCCCGCGUAGUCUCAUCCCCUCUGCUAGAUUUAAUUUAUGUCUUGUGAUUUGUCAUGAUUUAUAUGCUUUAUAUUAUUUUUUUUUCUUCGUUUCUUGUCUUGUUUCCCACACUACGUGACGUGCCAAAAGCAAAGCCUUUGACCAACUUAUGUAUAUUUCCCCGAAAGUCUUGUGACAAUGUGUGUCUAUAUAGAGAGAUAUUCCCUGAGCACUCCAAAACGAUUGCAUUCCCAGAAUUUUCAUUGCCAACUGAGCAGUAUUUCCCUGACAACCGUGAUACACCUGGCAUGAUGGAGGAGGAGGAGGAGGAGUCCUUGGUUCUUAAAGAUGGAUGGCACACUUGUGUUUGAUUGACAAACAUCUAAAUAAUAUAAAUCAUCAAUCAAGCGAGGCAGCGCGAGGAGAUAUCUCUUGGUUGGGGCUUGGAGACGGAAACGGAGCGUGGCGGUGCAAACUGGUUGCCGACGCACUGCUCACUGACUCACGAGCGACUUUCAAAUUGGCCCAAACAUAAAAAAAACCGAAAAAAAAACCACAAAAAAGCAGCCAAGACGAAAAAAAGUCUGCCCGGCAACAGCGGCAAGGCGCUUAGAGAUGGCACGAAAUGCCAACGGCAACGUGAGAUCUGGCGGAUCUCGACGGCAUCCAGCUGCUCAAGAGUAAUCAAGAGAAACACUUUCGUUGCCACCGCCACCUCCAUCUCCGUCUGCUCCUCCUCCUGUUGCCUGCAGACACAACCAAAAAUAGAGCCCAGAGAUCUUUGUCCCAUUAAGUGCGCAGACACACAAUCGUUGGAUAACAUGGUGGUGUCCCAACUCAUUUCCAAUUGAAAGUAUUAACACCUCAAGAUUAGAGUCCGUCCACAAGAAGAAUUCUUCCGAAAAUGCCCAUUUCCCAGUCUUCUGAAUUUCCAAAGACAAGCGACAAUAUCAAAUGGUGAAUUGAUGAUACAUAUAUUUUUUGACUACUCCAGAUGUAGAGGAACCUCGCUUUGCACACACAGCGCACACUCCAAUCUCUUUUUUCAAAACGUAACUAUCAAUAUCAAUAUCUUACUCACCAGCAAUAUAUUAGACUAUGUAUCAUCUGUGUACGUUCGUUAUUUGUUGUUAAGAUCGUAACGUAUUUAUCGUAAAAUGUUUUCGCCGUUCAAUGUACGUAACUGUACGAGUUUAUGUAGAUAAUGUGACUAUCCGUAGUU